CAUGAUCCUAUCAUUUCUGGCUUGCCAAAUUUUUGAAGUUUUGAAAAAUCAAGGUUUAAUCAAAUUCUUCAUUGUAAUAAAAAGCAUUGAUCCAAAUGUGCAGAACUACCUUAAAAGGCUUAAAUAUUCUAACAGAAGAAAGCUCAUUGACGAAAAUAGGAAUUUUCUGUUACUACAUGCGGAUGUUGCUUUAAAAAUACAAAAAAAAAUCAGUUUUUCUACAUAGCAGGCAUGUUAUAACAGUCUAUCAAUAGUGUUAGCAUUACUGACAGGUUAGAAAAAAUGUUAUAUAAAAGACUAGCUUUUCAUGUCAGGAGACAAAUGUAACAUACAACACCUACUAUCAAAUUUAAUGAUAAAAAAAUAACAUGCGAAGACAGCGACAGUAUUAAAGUUUAACUUCGCAUUAUAGGGUACUAGUGGUAAUAAAUAUGUAACUUGGACUACUUUCUCAACAGUAAAAUGGAUGCUGCAUUGAUACACUUCUGUCAUCCGUGUUCACGACAGCGGAAAUACCAGAUUGCUACAUACUACUGUAUGAGCUGUGGAAAGACAGGAGCUUAUAUAUGCUGGCAAUGUAAAAGACAGCACGAGAAGUUUGAGGAGCUGGGAAAACAUGUAAUACAAACAAUAUCUGACAACUGUUCUAAUGGGCAAAAUCAAUGCUCCUGUACUGAUUUCCAAGGGAAUGAGGGACAAUCAAAAGGAAGGACAAAGUUCUGCAUAUUCCAAGAAGUCCAAAACCUCAUAGACAUAUAUGAGAAAUGCAAAGCCAAUCUAUCUACUAUAGAAGGAAAAAGACAAGCAGACAUUGAUAAACUGAAGCAAGAUAAAAACAGAAUCACAAACAACAUCAGAGAAAUCAGGGCAAAUAUAAAUAUACAGCUUGACCGACUUCAAAGAGAAUCUCUUAGAGAACUUGACAUCAGGUUUCAAAGAUCUGAAGACAGAAUAACAAAUGAAGUUAAGUAUAUCAAUGAAGUUUCACACAAGUGGGAAAAUAAAAUGAAAGAAGUAGAAAUGUUUAGAGGGCGUGAUGUUGCAGUGUUUCAAAAAGUUGUGCAUGAAGGUAAGCUUCUGAAAGAUAAGAGCGAUGCAUUAUGGGAGCACGAAAGAAAUGGGGUCAGAUCAGACAGGCUUGACUUCAUACCUAAUCAAGAUAUCACUAAUGGUAAAUUUGACCUCAAAUCAUUUGGAAACUUUGUUGAUGACAGAAUCCAUGACUAUAACACUUCAUUACAAGAUGAACACGAUAUCUCCAUAGAAACUGAUGACCUUGAGCUUGAUUGUGACAUCACAGGAUGCUGUGUGAUGUCAGACGGUUCAGUCAUACUAGCAGAUCAUACAAAUGCUAAUUUAAAGAAGCUAAAUAUCACCUACAAGGUGCUGUCAUCAUGCAAUCUGCCUGAGCCACCAUGUGACGUCUGCGUUAUAAAUGAUACUGAAGUUGCUGUCACGCUUCCAAAGAAAAAGACAGUUCAGUUUGUGAUGGUUGCUGAUCAGCUCAAACUUGGUAAGUCUCUCUAUGUUGGAUAUGGUUGUAUGUGCACUGAAUACAGUUUGAGUUCACAAACAUUAUUUGUAACAUACGACUGGCCAAUGCAAAUAUGUGUGUUCAGUAAAGAUGGUGAUUUUUUGCACACAAUCUGGGGAAAAAAGGAGAAAUCUUCUGAACAGAAAAAACCAGGACAGAAUGAGAGAACUGAUUCCAACACUGACACAACAAAACAACUUAAUGUAAGAACCAACAGUUCAAAAAGUAUGCUUUCCUGUAUUUCCAAUAAAAGUAAAAAGUCUAAGGGUGAAAAGCAGGGGAUUUUCCAUACUCUUGAAGAUAUAAUGUUCAGUUCAACAGACCAGAGAUUAUACGUCUGUGAUCUGGAAAAAGGUCUUCUAGUGUUGUCACCUGAUGGACAUGUCAUCUCAACAAUUAGAAACUUCAGAGAAAUGCCUGAAUUUGCUCCAAAGAGAAUUUGCAGAGGGUAUAAUGAUGACUUCUUUGUGUAUGGACAGAGCGAAAAAACUAAACACUUUGCCAUUCUUUAUAUCGGGAAAGACAAAAAAGUGGAAAAGAUAAAAGGUGAAGUAUUAAGACGUCAGGAUUUUGGUGAGAUUGAGGCAAUGUGUUUUAAUCGUCUCACAAGUCAGCUCAUUGUAACAACAAAAACUGACAGUAGUAUCAAAGUGUUUAAUGUGCUUUAAACUUAUAAAGUGCCUUAGUGAGGAGGAGUUAUUGGCCUGAUGAUAAAGGUGUUGGCUACUCAUCCCAAAGUCCAACUUUUCCAAAGUCAGUGGGAUCAUGAUCUUAGCACUGGAAACUACAUACUUUCUCUCCAGGAAGUGGACGUCAAGUGUAAAAUAAACAUAACAGGACUAUAAGCUAAAUAGAUAAAACUGGAGUGUUACCAUGUUGGCACUGUACUUCUUUGCACACAAUGAAAACUUUUACAAAUUCAAUCCAAUUGGACCUUUACUACAGUCACUGAGAUACAAAAUUUAUGUAAAAAUACCAGUACCAUGGACUUCAGACAAAAUCUAAGGAAAUUCUCAAGGUAGAAAUGCACAUCUUUGUAAUUAUAAACAAAAAACCGCACAACCAUGUUUUCAAUAUUUGACCAUCACCCAAGUGUCCCCAAUGCUGAACUAGGUUGUCAAAUAUUUUUUAGAUCUGGUGUCAUUGUAUCUCAAUAUAAACUGGCUGGAAACUGUUUUUGUUAUUAUGAAUAUUACAGGAAUAUUAUUCAGCAUGUGAAGUUUAGCACCUGGGAUUUUGUUAAGAGAUUUCAGUCAGCCAUACAAGAGUUGUGGCCCUUGACUUAGUCAAAAAUAUGCAUAUAGGACAUAAAAGUUUGUGUUACAUGUCUCUGACAAUGCAUCUGACCUAGAGUCAUGAAACAUACUAGGAAUAUCAUCCAGCAUGCAAAGUUGUGCAUCUGUGGUUUUGUCGGGAUUUCUGUCUGUCAGAUGAAAGUUAUGACCCUUGAUUAAGUCAAAUUAUGCAUAAAGGGCCUACACGUUUGGGAUGCAUGUAUCUCAAGAAGUAUUUUACAUGAGUCAUAAAAUAGUAGGGGAUUGUUGUGUUCCGUUUGGGUUUUAACUCAGCCAGACCAGAGUUACGGUUCUUGACUAAGUGAAAAAUACAUAUGAAGUGCUAAAAAGUUUGUAGCAUAUAUCUCAAAAAUAUUUCACCUAAAGUCAUGAAACCAUGCAGAAAUAUCAUUCAGCAUCUGAGUUUGUUUUUGGAUUUCACUCAAUAAGACCAGAUUUAUGGCCCUUCACUUAUCAAAUAUAUAAAUAUACAUAAAAGUUUGUGAUGUACUUGACCUAGAGUCAUUAAACAAUAGGGGAAUGUUAUACAGUAUGUGAAGUUAGGCCAGAGUUAUGGUCCUUGACUUCGUAAAAACACACAUAAAGUGAUUAUAAGUUUUUGUUGCAUAUAUCUUAAAAAAUAUUUCACUUGGUAUCAUAAAACCAUAAAACAACCAUAACUGUUGUCUAGCUGAGUGAAAUCCUAAACAGAAUACCAGGUGCACAAAAACUUCACAUGCUAUAUAAAAUCCUGUAAUGUUUCACAACUCUUAAUUCAAAUAACUUUUUAGGUACAUGUGACACAAACUUUUAGGCCCUUUUAUAAAUACUUUUGAUUAACUUAAGGGCCAUAACUCUGGUAUAUACAAUAUGUCUAAUAUUGUACAACAUAACUGUCUUAAUUUUUUUCUUAUGCAUUUAUAAUGUGUGUGACUAAAUAAAUGUUUUAUUUUA